CUCUCUAAAAUUGUAGAGAUGGGGGACAAGGCAACAUUGAGCAAGGCAAUAAUGGAGCUUGAAGACAUGUACCAAGGCAUCCCAGAUGAGUCAGUUAACCUAACUUUCCAGGACUUUGCAGAGCUCAAAAUACACCAAGUUACAUCAGAAAAGAAGAAAAAACCUACUCCAUUAAUACUGGAUCCAAUCUCUGAACUCAAAUCUACCCCACAAGCAUCAUCUCCCUCUCCUUUCACCAAACUCCCCAGCCUUGACUUCAACCGUGCCUUGCAAGCAUCCAGAGACAACCACCGCCACCACCACAACCGCCACCACAUCAACGAAAACAAUGUCCCCGUCGGUCCAUAUGGCAUAGGUGAUAACAAUGAUCAUAAUUAUCAUCAGCAUGGGCAUGCAGCACGUGGAGGUCACGGUCGAUAUAUGGGCGGUGGUGACCAUCAUAGCCAUCAGAUGCAUCAUGGUCAUGAUGGCCAUGCAGCUAAUAAUGAUCAUCAUAUGAAUAUGAGAAGUCCUGGUCCCACUUGUAAUUCCGGUAUGAAGCACGGAUUGGAGACUAGCUUGGGGGCAUUUGAUCAUGACGUGAGUGGUGUGAGCGGUGUAAGCAUGGCUUCCAUGUACCAGAAAGAGAGAGGAGGAAUACGAAGGCCUGGGAUUCCCCACUCUAAUAUCUGCACCAUUUGCAGUACCUACAUCUAUAUUUUCCGCCACCGUUGCCUGGUAUGUGGAAGAGUGUAUUGUAGGCGAUGUGUGAUGGUAGGGAUGGCAGAAAUGACAGAAGGUAGAAAAUGCGUUGAGUGUUUAGGGAGGAGAUUCAGUCAAAGGUACAUACAAAGAGCAGGGAAGGUUGGGUGUUGCUCAAGGUACCCUUCCAGUGUGAAGCAAGCAGAGCUCAAGUGGGCUGAGAAAGGGCCGAGAAGAAGCGCCGGCAAUGGGGGCUACGGCCGGAGCUCGAUGACGUUGCCGAGAUCAAAAAGCCCGAUGACGCCGAUGACUCCGAGGACCCCAAACAGAGGCCAUGCUAGUGGCCCAAAUUCUUUUGUCGUGAAUUAUUCACCAAGUCAUCGCCACCACCUUCCUUUCUAGGGAGUUUGGAUGGAGACCACAAUUUAUCCAACAUUCUCAGUUUUCUUUUGGUCGCUGAGUGAUUUCCCAAACAUUAUUCUUCCAAUGGUUUAUUAAUAUGGAUUUUGCUUAAUUAAUUCAUUAUAUAUGUAUCUUCCUUUUGUAUUAACAU